AUGGUAUUCGAGGAUGACAGCAGCGACGACUGCUCCAACCUGCAGUACAUUAACUCCUUCGACGAUGACAUGCAGUACCAGAUUCCUGCUAGCAUUGAAGACCAAGACUACAAUGGCCUUGAGAAGGCACCCGAGGGUCUUUGCGUGGAGCAUCGACUGCCAACUGAGUGUCGUGUAGCUUUUGAAGGAUUUGAGACGGGCAGGAGGUUUCUAGCUUGUGCUCAGCCAGAAGGUCAGAAUUGUGGUUUUCUUGGAUGGGUUGACCCAGAGUGGCUUCCCACAAUGCAAAAUGCAUUGUUGAAGCUGUGGGAAAUAGAGAAGGAAAAGCUAAGUGAAGGCAACAAGAAUUUGAAGGUUCAGGUAGAUGAGCUCACCAAGUCUGUGAAAAAAGUCACUGAAGAGAAUGUGCAGCUGAACCUUCACAUGUCUGAUCUCAAGAAGGGACAUGAGAAUCUCAUAAAACGUAGGGAUGAGCUCAAACUCCAGGUUGCUGAUCAGUUGAAGGCACUGGAGAAGAACAAAGAGAAGCUGAAGUUGAUCCAUGACGUCUUGAAGGAAUGA